AGAUGACGGUUUGGGCAGGGCACAAUAAAAUUCGGUUGGAACAUUUUUUUUUUUUUAUAGAAGCCCUCUCUGUUGUUAUGUAUCCACGUUGGCGUGUUUUUUCUUCUUUUUUUUUAUCUAAUAAAAUAAAUUACAUAAAUAUCGAUUAAUCGAACAAUAGAUAGAUCGUUUUAAUAAUCGAGCAUAUGAUUAAUCGAAAAUAGUCGUGUUGCUCCAGCUGUCAGUUGCUCAAUGGUGGAGUUUUGUGAUGAUCAAGUGUAAACAAAGUGUAAAUAAAUAACAUCAAAAAUCAUGAGUUCAAAAAAAUCAAAAAGUGUAAUUAAAACAGUAAAAUAUACAGAAAAACAAUUACAAGCAGCUUUGAUGGCUAUAAAACAAGGUCAAUCUGUCUAUUCAGUUGCAAAACAAUUUAAAAUACCAAAAACAACACUUUUGUAUAAAUCAAAAGGUAGAUUACCACCACAAAUUUCAAAAAGAGGACCUGUAUGUCUUUUGGGGAUUGAGAUUGAAAAUGACAUCGUUGAAUGGAUUUUGGAUAUGACCAAAGAUGGAUGUCUUGUUACCAAAGCUCAACUUAUUUCUAGUGUUCAUAUGAUGUUGGAUACUUUGGACAAACCAACACAACAAUUUACAAAUAACACACCUGGACGAGCCUGGUACAGUGCUUUUCUUUCUCGACAUCCUGAAAUGAGUGAAUGUAUCACACAAAAUUUAACAUCCAGUCGUGUUGCAGUUACAGAAGAACAAAUACGAAAUUGGUUCAAACAAACUAAUGAUUAUUUAAAGUCAAAAAAUCUUGAUAAUAUUGGUGCUGAUCGACAGUAUAAUUGUGAUGAAAUAGCUCUUUCAUUGAAUCCACAAAAUGAUUCAGCCACUGAAAAUGAUGAGUUAAUUACGUUAGUAUGUGGUAAUGCUAGUGGACAAGUUUUACCUCCACUUGUUAUGUUUCCUUACAAGAGACUUCCCAAAGCUAUAUCUUCUUCAAUACCCAACGGCUGGGGAGUUGAUAACUCUGAUGAUGGUUUGAUAACUAGCAAAACAUUUUAUAAUUAUAUUGAAAAAAUAUUUUACCCUUGGUUAGUCCUCAAUAACAUUGAGUUUCCAGUUAUAUUAUUUGUUGAUGGUCAAUCAGCUAAUCUGACCUAUUCAUUAAGCCAAUUAUGUCGUGAAAAAAGAAUUGAACUUGUUGCUCUUUAUCAAAAUGUAAGUCAUUUACUUCGACCGAUAAAUGUUGCAGUAUUUCCUUCAUUAAAAACAUGUUGGCAGCAGGUUGUUUUUCAAUGGAGAAUGGAAAAUAAUGCUAACAAACUUAAACGUGAACAUUUUUGUAAAUUAUUAGAAAAAACAUUAUUACAAUUGGACAUGAAAAUAAUUCUUCAGGAUGGAUUUAGAUCAUUUGGACUUUAUCCAUUUAAUGCUGAUACUAUUGAUUAUGUAAAAUGUUUUAAAACUUCAAAUAGCCAAAAGCCAACAAGACCUGCAAUUAGAUCAACUUCAACUUCAUUUGAUCAAGAAGAAAUUCAAAUUACUUUGGAUGUUUUGGAAAGCACAAUGGACAAAAAAAUUAUUAAACAAUUUGAAAAAUCUAAAAGUCAAGGACGAUGGUCUGGUGAUGUUAAGUUUGAAGCUUUAUUUCAAACUUGGUUGAAAAUUAAAUUAAUGGUUAAUGAUGAAUUAGUAGUUAAGGAUGAAUUACCUGUAGAAAAUAUUAUCAAUGAUUAUGAACAACCAGGAGUAUACUUUCGUUUACUCGAAUAAAUUUAUGAGUUAAUAAUCAUCAUUUAAAUAUUUCAGUUACGUUUUUAAACUUUAAAAAAAAUAUAUAUAUGCCUCAAAAAAUAAUAGGCCAAAGUGUGUUAUCAGUUUUUUUUUUUAACUACCAAAAAAAAAUUUUGUAUAAAAUAAAUAAAUAUAUUUUUGCUUUAACUCUGUAUAUUAGAAUAAACAAAAAUCAUCAUCUCAACUGAAGAUAAAAACAUUUCAUAAAAAAAAAUUUGAAAAAUAUAUUGUCAAACAAUUUCAAGGCUCAAUUAACCAAGUGAAGAUUAACUCAUUUGCUCUUGAGCUGGAAUUUUUUUGUCUCACUAAAUUGCUACGUGAUAAUUUAGAUUUAGAUAAAAAUAUAAGUAACGUAUUACAAAUUUAGUUAAA